CUUCCGCAUAAAGCCGAAAAUAAUUGAAGUUAAUCGCAAAAUUGUGAUCUGUCCGUGUCCUGAAAAGUCCUCCACCGAGUGCUUUUCAGUGAUCAGUUCCCAGUUUCGCGCUGCUUUGCUUACGGUAUGUUCAUCUGAUACAUUUGAUGAGUAUUGUAUAUUAUAAAAUGUUGUGUUUUGAGAACUGAAGACUGAAUGGCACAAUAAAGAACUUGAUCUAAAAAUUUUACUUAGAACUUUCGUUCUGGGUCCGUGUUAGACUGUCACCCUCCUAUUGAUGUUGAGCUGGAAAACAUACCUGUUUGUCAGCUGGAAAGAACCGGUGUUUGCUAGAGAGUGCUAGAUAUGAAAUGUGCCACAUCCAGACAGACGACCAGAAAUCAAACUGAACUUUGGUUCUUGCUUCUCCAUGUCGUAAACUAACCAAGAAACUAGAAACUAAGACCGAAUUAUCAUUCCGAAUGAUAGCUACUUUGUAACUGUAACGUCAUUCAUUUUGCUGCCGGCCAAACUCAGUUGCGAGCCGCAGUAUACCGUUUCACCGUUAUUUGCGCUCUCCAGGGCUCCUGCAACAUAUUUGCUGUCGCACGUCCUCGGAUGCACUAGGAAAUGGCAGUUCCUCCUAAUUUCUCCUGGGUUGAAUCGAAGAAAGUGGCCGGACUGGCGUUGCCCAGUGAAGCUUCCCAUUAUCAGUACUUGCUGGACAAUGGCAUCCAACACCUAGUGUGUCUAUGCGAGACAAAGCCGCCACGCUAUGACUCCUGCCCGGGACUCACGCUACACCACAUAGCGAUAAAAGACUUCUGUCCACCCUCUUUGGACCAAAUCAAAAGGUUCCUGGCGAUCGUUGAAGAGGCCAACUCCAAAGGGGAAGGGGUCGCAGUUCACUGCCACUACGGCCACGGAAGGACGGGGACCAUGCUGGCCUGCUACCUGGUGAAGGAGAGGAAACUCUCCGGGGAUCAAGCCAUCAAAGAAAUCCGAAGACUGCGCAGCGGUUCCAUUGAAACGCGGCAACAGGAGGAAGCGGUGAUGCAGUUUCAUCAAAGGUUUAGCAACAAUUUUUCGACUUUGUAAGACUUCUCAGCUGUAUGAGCUGAGAAGCUUUUAAUUAAAUGGUCAAUGAUCAGAUGUAUUUACAUCUUUUUUAUGUCUCACCUUAGUUUUUACAAGAAACCAUUAAAAUGCUGCCAAUUCGGGACUUCACGUUUGCUUUCACUAAAUUACUGAAUCCAUCAGAACGCCGAACAAGAUUUUACACGUUGAAGGUGAAAGGAAACAACAGAUGGACUCAGUGUUAAAGAUUUUAUUUAAAAACAGGUUGCAAGUGAAAUACAGUGGAAAUGGGCUACAGCAGUAUCAGUGCCCUCCAGCAGGAACACACCAGUUUAAAAAAAAAAAGCGCUGGAGAGAAAAUAUAAGAAACCCUGGCAUUUAUAUAAAUCCUGACACACUCUCCUAACUCCUUUCACAUUUGGAAUAUGAAUUAGCAGAAAUCUGCCAUGUCACGCAGCAUACAGAAAAGUGUGGCAGCAUGGCAGAGUGUGGGCAUGCCAUCCUGUUCCCCUUCCAGUUGGUGCCUGCUUUGCUUACAGGAGGCUUACCAACACUGCCGCUGUACGGCACUCAACCAUUCACACAAAACUGGGGGGGGGUCACAGCCAAUGAGUUCUCCCACACGUUUUCUUAUUAAUGAUUGUCCAGUUCAAAACUAAUACUAAAAUAUAUAUUCAUUUUACACUUUCCAUUCUGAAAAGAUCUGAGAACAUACAUUUGUUUAAUUCCAUUAAUGAGCAGUCGUGUCGUUUUUACUUUUUUUUUUAAUGGCAGUGAAUGUUGCUCCACUCCACACAAAAAGUGGAGCAUUAAGUGGUCCAUACAGUGUCAGAGCUCCCCUUUACUUAAACAGAGGGUGAAGAGUGUUCCACCAUUAGUCCUAUGGACAAUGAACAGAGGCCCGUCUCUCUUAGACUUCCGUUUCCCAUAUACUGAGCUGUUGAAAAACUGCAGUUCUAGUCACUCACCAGCUUGACCACUGGUACUCUGUAAAGUAUGUACACCAAUGCACCCCACACUUACAUUGUGCAUUCCAAUGCCAGUGCGGAACAUCCUCAUGCAGCAAUAAUAACAACGCUAUUUACUGGAACCAUAGUAUCACUUUUCAAUCAAACUGGAAUUCAAACCAAUCUCAACCUGUCACAGAACAAAAAAUAAAUAAGAUUUGACAGGAGUGAAUCUAGUUAAGUCACAACAGGUUUAGUGUAAAAUUUGAAGUUUGAGGUGGACAGGACAUAAUAGUGUGUGCUAAAUACUCAUUCGCUAUUAAGCAUUUCUGCUUAAAGUGACUAACUGACAUCUAAGUAAAAUACAGCACUUUAAAUAUUUCUAUACAAAUUGUACAGACAAUUCCAGCAUUUUUGUAAAAUCUGUAUUUAUUUAUGAUUUACAAAAGCCUAACAUGAAACAACCAUUAAAAUGAAUGAAAUAAAUCUGU